GUAGUACUUUUUUAUUUUUGCCAUAUCAUGAUAUUACAUCUUAACAGCCACUAGGUGGCGCUCCAUCACUGUCAUUUGAUUUAGUAGAGACCUGUGAACUGGACAUAAUCAGCUACAGCAAGCUGAAUAGCAGACACAAUGAUUUAAUGUGAAUUUGAUGUUUUUUGUUUGUUUGUUUGUUUGUUUGUUUUUAAUGAAUAUAAUGUAAAUUACGUGGCCUGGUUAACUGCACUAACACAUAAAGACCAUUAUUAAUUUUACAAUGUUUAAAAUGUUGAAGGGUUUUGAAGGAUUUUCAAUCAAAGACACAAAGUAUUUAGGUCUUCAUUUAACAAAAAAUGUAGUAACCAGACAACAGACAAGAUCUCCUCUCUAAAGCGGAAGGUCUUUCUCACUUUGUGUGUAUCCUUCACUUUCUUUAUAUGUGAAUGAUUGUACUGCUAAAUCUGGCAAUAAAAUUUUCCUCAAAUUUAUAUGCAAAAACAGGUCUCAUAAUCUUAAAAAAUCAGUGAUUUCCAACUGUAGAAGUGACGGAGGACUAUAAAGUGGUAAUAACACCAUUAAUGUGUUUAAAAUAAAUUGGAUUAGAAAUUGGUUUUUUUAUUCCUAAUUAUAUCUUUAAUAAAAUUGGAAGCCUCCCUUUAAUCUUAAAAUGCAAUAGGCCUAAUAUAUAAAUAAAUUAUUUAUAAAUAAAACCCCAUUUAUAAUAUAUUCAAAAUAAAAUACUUUGGCAUAUUUUGUCAAUGAUCCAUAUAACAAAACCCAUUGGAAAACCAUUACAAUGAACGUUUAUUUUAGUCUACAGCUGAAAAUGUUCUGAAAUCAACAGACACACCUGUAGUUUUGAUGUUAGUAUUUACUUUUCAAGCAUGCAAUAUUUUCAGUCUGUUGCCCGAGAGUCACUGUGGUAUAAACAAUACAGGAAGCUAUUCUUUUGUAAUGAGACGACCUCAAAAAAGGAUAUGACAUCACAGAUAGGACCCCUGUAGACCCUCAUGACUGUGUGUAAAGGUUAGUAAAUCUCUUAAAAAUAAUUUCUAUAAUAUGGCAUGAUUAGUUUAGAUUCACAUGUCAAAUCAUAAAAUCUCCCCAAAAAGGACAUGGAAGGACAUCCUAUAUUUGUUAACAUUUGGGACAAAUUCAAAUUCACAUCAUUACAACAACAGAGUUCUGCAGUUUUCACUGUAUAAUGUUAAAUCAUGAGUCAAUUUCACAAAAUGCCACAUUACACAUCUCACACAACUCAAACCUUCAACUAAUCAGCAAAUGAAGUUCACUAUUGAUUAUAGACAUUAUUUUCAACAUCUUGGACAUCCUCAUUUGCCUUUGACCCAUUUAACACUAUAGUAUUUGUUACUCUGUGUGGUUCAUGCUAUAGGCUCACAGAAACUCUUGAUGUUUGUCCAUCUAUCAGACCAAAACCACAUUUCUUUCCAGAUCUAAAGGACUCGGACCACAUCAGGUUUCGUUUUGACUCGAAACUGAACUUGUAGAGCGGAAAAUAAUGCAUUCAGUGGAACCAUUUUUCACAAGAAAAACUCUAAGACGUCUUCUGUACGGGUGUGUUUGGUGUCGGGACAGGUGAAAUCAAAAGGGUAACAGAGGGAGAUUCUGUUACUCUAAACAUUAAGCCUCAGAGAGAUAAGGAGCUACUUUGGUUGUUUGGAGAUCAAGAGGCUCUCAUUGCUGAAAUGAAGGUGGAAACCGGAGUCUUUAGAACAUACGAUGGUGCUGAUGGGAGAUUCACAGGCAGACUGGCGCUGGACUAUAGCAGUGGAUCUCUGACCAUCACAAACAUCAGAACUGAGCAUGCUGGACGCUAUCAACUUCAGAUCAUCAGUGAUACGGGACAUCAGUCGGACGAGACAUUCACAGUUUCUGUCUAUGCUCGUCUGCCUGUUCCUGUCAUCAGCAGAGACUCUUCACAGUGUUCCUCAUCAUCAGGAUCAUCAGUGUCAGAAUGUUCACUGUUGUGUUCAGUGUUGGAUAUGAGUCAUGUGACUCUCUCCUGGUACAAAGGAAGCAGUUUAUUGUCCAACAUCAGUGCAUCUGAUCUCAGCGUCAGGCUCGCUCUUCCUCUGGAGGUGGAAUAUCAGGAUAGAAACACCUACAAAUGUGUGCUGAACAAUCCCAUCAGCAACCAGACCAAACAUCUGGACAUCAGUGGACUCUGUCAGCCAUGUCCAGCUCCUCUGCCGAUUCCUGUCAUCAGCAGAGACUCUCCUCAAUGUUCUUCAUCAUCACCAGACCAGAACUGUUCACUGUUGUGUUCAGCCGUGAAUGUGAGUCACGUGACUCUCUCCUGGUACAAAGGAAACGGUUUAUUGUCCAGCAUCAGUGCGUCUGAUCUCAGCAUCAGUCUCUCUCUUCCUCUGGAGGUGGAAUAUCAGGAUAGAAACACCUACAGUUGUGUGAUCAACAAUUCAUUCACCAACCAGACCAAACAUCUGGACAUCUCUCAGCUCUGUCCGCCAUGUUCAGGCCGCACGCACUGUUGUGGUUUUACUGAAACUGUCAUCCGAUUGGCUGGCUCUGCUCUGGUGGGCGUGGCUACUGUUGCUGUUCUGGUUUAUGACAUCAGAUCCAGAAGAUCGUAUCAGAAGAGGAGAGAGCAGAUGACCCCGCCGCACGCAGAUGAAUAUGAUGAUGUGGCAUCAGGUCACUAGGUGAUGAUGAUCAGCUGUCCAUUACAGGAAUGCAAAUAAGGAAUAUACCAACAUCUCAAACUCUGCUGACAUAUUGUCAGUCAUGCAGAGAAUAAUAAAAUCCACAGAAUGAAAACAUGAAAACAAAUACUCUGAUAAUGGACACUUUAAGUGUUUCAUAAGUGAUUAUAAUGCCAUCUGGUGGUUGUUUUUAGUGCCUAAUGUCUUGCUGUAUCUGUGUUGUUCCAAACAUUUACUUUUAAUGUACAUUUUAUAUCUUUUUUUUAAGUGUAACAAUCUUUUCAGUGUAACAAUAUUGUCAGGCAUAUUUACAACAAAAAUCUGUUUAUGCCAUAUUAAUUUUACAUUUUUAAACUUUGCCACUAUCCUAGGUUUUGCCCAUUUGUCAGCAAGAAUUUUUUACUAAUUUAAAAUGCAAUACAAUUUAAUAUGCUCACUUAUUCUUUUAUAUAUUUUAAUAUGUACAGGUCAGAAUAAGUAUGUUGUUUGAUUUUUACAUAAAUAUAAGUGUUACACUGAAUGAUAA